AUGGCGGACCCAGCCGAAUGCAGCAUUAAAGUAAUGUGUCGAUUCAGGCCACUGAGCCCAGCUGAAGUCUUAAGAGGAGACCAAUUCAUCCCGAAAUUUAAAGGCGACGACACCGUCAAUCUUUUAGGGCAUGGAAAACCUUUUGUGUUUGACAAAGUGUUUUCUCCAAACACGACCCAGGAGCAAGUUUACAAUGCGUGUGCAAAACAGAUUGUUAAAGAUGUGCUUGAUGGUUACAAUGGAACUAUUUUUGCUUAUGGUCAAACAUCCUCUGGCAAAACACACACUAUGGAGGGAAAGCUUCAUAAUCAUCAGCUGAUGGGUAUAAUUCCAAGAAUAGCACAUGACAUCUUUGACCACAUCUAUUCUAUGGAUGAGAAUCUAGAAUUCCACAUUAAGGUUUCCUAUUUUGAGAUCUACAUGGACAAAAUUCGGGAUUUACUCGAUGUUUCAAAAACCAAUCUGUCAGUCCAUGAGGAUAAAAACAGAGUGCCAUUUGUUAAGGGUUGUACGGAGAGGUUUGUUUCUAGCCCUGAAGAGGUAAUGGAUGUUAUUGAUGAAGGAAAAGCAAACCGUCACGUUGCUGUCACCAACAUGAAUGAACACAGUUCUCGAAGCCACAGCAUCUUUCUCAUUAAUAUUAAACAGGAGAACAUGGAAACGGAGAAGAAACUUAGUGGCAAACUGUACCUUGUAGAUUUAGCUGGCAGUGAAAAGGUCAGCAAGACUGGAGCUGAAGGAGCUGUCCUUGAUGAAGCUAAAAACAUCAAUAAGUCACUUUCUGCUCUGGGGAAUGUAAUUUCUGCCCUGGCUGAGGGAACUAAAACACAUGUUCCAUAUCGCGACAGUAAAAUGACCCGAAUUCUACAGGAUUCUCUGGGUGGGAAUUGCCGCACUACGAUAAUUAUUUGUUGCUCACCCUCCAGUUUUAACGAUGCUGAAACGAAAACCACCCUUAUGUUUGGCCAAAGAGCCAAGACCAUCAAAAAUACUGCAUCUGUCAAUCUGGAGUUGACGGCAGAGGAAUGGAAGAAGAAAUACGAGAAGGAAAAAGAGAAAAACAAGUCUUUGAAGAAUGCUCUUCAGCAUCUGGAGAUGGAAUUAAACAGAUGGAGAAAUGGUGAAUCCGUGCCUGAAGAUGAACAAAUUGAUGCCAAAGACCAGAAGAACUUGGAGCCGUGUGACAACCAGACAACCAUUGACAAUGUAGUUCCAGUACCCAAAAUCACAGCAGGAGAGAGAGUGAAGUUAGAGGAAGAGAUCAGUAAUUUGUAUAAGCAGCUCGAUGAUAAGGAUGAAGAAAUCAACCAGCAGAGUCAGCUGACUGAGAAUCUAAAGCAGCAGAUGCUGGACCAAGAGGAGCUGUUGGCUUCCACCAGGAGAGAUUAUGAGAAGAUCCAAGAGGAACUGAACCGGUUGCAGUUGGAAAAUGAAGCAGCUAAGGAUGAGGUGAAGGAAGUGCUUCAGGCCUUGGAAGAACUGGCUGUCAACUAUGACCAGAAAUCCCAGGAGGUGGAGGACAAGUCGAAGGCCAAUGAGCUGCUGACUGAUGAGCUAGCGCAAAAAACGAAUACUUUAGUGGUUGUUCAGAAAGAAUUCAACCAACUUCAGGAGCUCAGUAACCACCAGAAAAAGCGAGCAACUGAGAUACUGAAUAUCUUGCUAAAGGAUCUGGGUGAAAUAGGGGGAAUCAUUGGCAACAGUGAGGUAAAAAUGAUGGCCGAAAUGAAUGGAGUGCUGGAAGACGAAUUCACGGUUGCUCGUCUGUACGUUAGCAAGAUGAAAUCUGAGGUCAAGACCCUGGUGAAACGUGCCAAACAGCUGGAGAGUACCCAGCUGGACUGCAACAGGAAAAUGAAUGAGAAUGAGCGUGAGCUAGCAGCGUGUCAGCUCUUAGUGUCUCAGCAUGAAGCCAAAAUAAAAUCGCUGACAGAUUACAUGCAGAAUGUGGAGCAGAAAAGAAGGCAGCUGGAGGAGUCUCACGAUGCACUUGAUGAAGAGAUAGCGAAACUCCGUGCCCAAGAAAAGAUGCAUGAAGUGACCUUCCAAGACAAAGAAAAGGAGCAUCAGACUAUGCUUCAGGAUGCCAAUGAUAUGAAGAAAACUCUGGAAGAGCAAAUGGAGAACCAUAGAGAAGCCCAUCAGAAACAGCUGGCUCGCCUGAGGGAUGAAAUUGAUGAGAAACAAAAAAUCAUUGAUGAGCUAAGGGAUUUGAACCAAAAGCUUGUGCUGGAGCAGGAGAAAUUGAAUUCUGAUUUUGAAAAACUAAAAAUGGAGGAGCAUGAAAAAAGUGUCAAGCUCCAGAAACUUGUACUUCUUAAUGACAAAAGAGAGCAAGCAAAACAGGACCUCAAAGGGCUGGAGGAGACAGUUGCAAAAGAACUUCAAACUCUCCACAAUCUCCGAAAACUUUUUGUUCAGGACCUCACCACCAGAGUCAAGAAAAGCACGGAACUGGAUUCCGACGAUGGAGGGGGGAGUGCUGCUCAGAAACAGAAAAUAUCCUUUCUUGAGAACAACCUGGAGCAACUUACAAAAGUUCACAAGCAGCUGGUUCGUGACAAUGCAGAUCUUCGUUGUGAGCUUCCUAAGCUGGAGAAACGACUUCGGGCUACAGCUGAGAGAGUUAAAGCACUGGAGAGUGCAUUGAAGGAAGCCAAGGAGAGUGCCAUGAGAGACCGCAAGCGCUACCAUCAGGAGGUCGAUCGAAUCAAGGAAGCAGUACGAGCCAAAAACAUGGCCAGGCGGGCACAUUCAGCUCAGAUUGCCAAACCUAUUCGUCCUGGUCAUUAUCCUGCAUCCUCCCCAACAGCCUUUCAUGUUAUUCGUGGCGGUGGAGUACCUGUGACCUCAAACUCUAGUUACUAUCAGAACAAAGACAAGUAAUUGAGGCUUCAAUCUAGCAUGCAUCAAUGGCCCAAGACCAACUUGUAAACCCUUCAAAAGAUCCCUUCACCUAAUCAAGU